CCGCCGCUCCUCCGCGGGCACCGGAGAGGGAGAUGGACCGCCCGCCGCAGCCGCCAGCCGCCUCCUAGUCGUCCCGCAGCAGCAGCGGCAGCAGCGGGGCGGGUUGGGCAUGGCCCAGCGCGCGGAGAGCGACGGAGGGCAGCGCUACCCCGUUACCAGUUGGGCCAAGACAACUGAUGUAAAUUUAUCCAACUCCUUAAAUGGUUUGAGCUUUCUGGGAAUUCUGGAUGCAAGAGUGGGCAGCGGAAUCCAGGGCCUUCAAAACUUGAACUCUGGGACCCCAAGAUCUCUCUCAUUGCCUGAGUAUGGGCCUGGUCAGCUGUCCAGUGCUUUAGAAGAUUGUCAUAGCCUUAAAUCAGUGGAUUCUGGUAUUCCAACUCUAGAAAUAGGAAAUCCAGAGCCUGUUCACUGCAGUGUGCUAAAUGUGAAGAGAAAGCAGUCAGAACCUGAAAUUGUGCCUGACAGGGCUUUUCAGAGCGCGUGCACACUGCCGUCUUAUGUGCCUCCACAUUCUCUGACUUCUGAACAUGACCAUGCUGUGCGAAAAUCCUCUACUUUCCCAAGAACUGGGUAUGACACUGUCAAACUUUAUAGUCCAACUUCAAAAACUCUGAAUCGAAGUGAUGAUAUCUCUGUCUGUAGUGUUUCUAGUCUUAGCACAGAACUGUCAACAACUUUAUCGGUUAGCAAUGAAGACAUUUUGGACUUUGUGGUCACGAGCAGUUCAAGUGCAAUUGUGAAUCUUGAGACUGAUGAGGCGCACUUCUCGGAUGUUACCCUGAAUUCUACUAAAGAGACCAAUGAUCAGAGCCAGCAGGAGUGUUGUCAAGAGACAGAUGUGGACAGUAAACGCAAAAUAUUGGGACCUUUUACGAACUUCUUUGCCAGGAAUUUGUUUAUCAGAAAGCAAAGUGCAAGAUUUGAAAAACAAAAUGAUGUGGGAUGGAAGUUGUUUGGAAAAGUACCCCUCAGAGAAAACUCACAGAAAGAUCCAAAGAAAACGCAAAAGGAAUAUGAAGAAAAAACUGGAAGAGCUCACAGACCACUCUCUCCUAAACAGAAUGUGAGGAAGAAUCUUGAUUUUGAACCACUCUCCACUACAGCACUUAUUUUAGAGGACAGACCAGCGAACCUCCCUGCAAAACCAGCAGAAGAAGCUCAGAAACACAGACAACAAUACGAAGAAAUGGUGGUUCAAGCAAAAAAAAGAGAGCUUAAGGAAGCCCAGAAGAGAAAGAAACAACUGGAAGAACGCUGUAAACUGGAAGACAGCAUUGGCAAUGCUGUUUUAACUUGGAACAAUGAAAUCUUGCCCAACUGGGAAACUAUGUGUUGUUCCCGUAAAGUUCGAGAGCUAUGGUGGCAGGGCAUUCCACCAAGUGUGAGAGGCAAAGUCUGGAGCUUGGCAAUUGGCAACGAGUUAAACAUCACCCAUGAACUAUAUGAUAUUUGCUUGGCUCGUGCCAAAGAGAAAUGGCGAUCACUUAGCACGGGAGGGGCUGAAGUAGAGUGUGAAGAUGCUGGAUUUUCUGCAGCUGACAGAGAAGCAAGCUUGGAGUUAAUAAAACUGGAUAUCUCAAGAACGUUUCCUAAUCUCUGUAUAUUCCAGCAAGGUGGUCCUUACCAUGACACGUUGCACAGUAUUUUAGGAGCCUAUACUUGUUACAGACCUGAUGUGGGCUAUGUACAGGGCAUGUCAUUCAUAGCAGCAGUAUUGAUCUUGAACUUGGAUACUGCAGAUGCCUUCAUUGCUUUUUCUAACCUUUUAAAUAAACCCUGUCAGAUGGCAUUUUUCCGUGUGGACCAUGGCCUUAUGUUGACUUACUUUGCCGCAUUUGAGGUAUUCUUUGAAGAGAAUCUGCCAAAGCUAUUUGCUCACUUCAAAAAAAAUAAUUUAACUCCAGACAUCUAUCUUAUUGAUUGGAUAUUCACAUUGUACAGCAAAUCUUUGCCGCUAGACUUGGCGUGUCGUGUCUGGGAUGUGUUCUGCCGUGACGGAGAAGAGUUCUUAUUCCGUACAGCCCUGGGAAUAUUAAAACUUUUUGAAGAUAUUUUGACCAAAAUGGACUUCAUUCAUAUAGCCCAGUUUUUAACAAAGCUACCAGAGGACUUGCCUUCGGAAGAAUUCUUCACAUCUAUUGCUGCCAUUCAGAUGCAAAGUAGAAACAAAAAGUGGGCUCAGAUACUGGCUGCUCUGCAGAAAGAUAACCGAGAAAUGGAAAAAGGAAGUCCUUCACUCAAACGUUAACAUUAUGGUUGCCUCCAGUGACUCAUGGGGAAAGAGCUAAAGUGCAAAAGUAUUGAGUACUGUUUGACAUGUAUGAGCCUGCAAAUCAAAGUGUUAUUUCAGAAUUUUGUUUAGUAGUAGCAUAGCCUUAAAGGGGAGAGAGGAAAAGAGAAGGAAGAUGAGGAAAAAAAAAAGGAAGGAAGGCAAUCAGGGGAUAAACCCCUUAUAAAUUAAACCUAGGCUUAGCCUUAAACUUUUAGUGGAAUGAGCAUUUGCUGUGGACAGCGUUACACAUUCUGUACUUCUGAUGAGGGCAGUGAAACUAAGUAAAAUUAAGGGGGUUUUUUAAGGCGGUUUUUUUUUCCUUUGAUGUUUUAAAAGACUGGGCAUUCAGCAAUGUCAGUUGCUUCGAAAGCUAUUCCCCAGUUUAAUUCUUAGGCAGGAUAUAUUUCCCAUACCUAUAGUAGUAGCUGGAUCUGGAUUUUAAAUAACUGGUGCUGGAAUUUAUAGUUAAAUGAUGUAAGGACCAUUUCUUUAGAAAUGCUUCUUGUUUUAUAGGCUGUGGGUCCCAUUUACCAAAGAAAUCAUGUAGACAUAGAACUACAUUCCAUUAUUUAAUAAGAAAAAGUUAAGUAGAAAGUAAACUUGGAAGAGAAGUCACGCUAGCAGUGCAAAACCAAUUAUUCUUCAAGAUGCCUUGGAAAUCUGUGUUUCCAAUCUGGAUGCAUAUGGGAGAAGUUCCAUUAAUCAGACUAGAUUCCAAACGCACUGGGGGGUUUCUAGUAUUAAGCUGGCACCAUUUCCCAAUUGUACUCUUUCCUCUGUUUAAAGCCGGGGUCACCUACUACUAAAUAUAUGUUUCCACAUCUCCCUUUUCUGGGGCAGUGGCAUUUCAGGGUGUUCUUGCCUACCAGCUGCUUACUCCUGUGCCAUCUCUCCAGUCAUGCUGAUAAAACUGUGGGCUGAGCAGAUGAAUUGAGAAAUGGUUAAAAGCAAUUUUUAUAGUUACUUUAAACCCAGCUCUGCUCACUGGCAAAACUGAGGAGGAAGGGUGUGGGGGACAAGUUACAUAAACCACCAUUGCUGCUGAGAAGAAAAGGUUCUGUGGGAUCUCCUGAAGCUGCUGUUGGCACAGUGAGAAAGCAUUAUGUGGAGCUGAUAUGUACGUAGUGGCAAGUGAAAGAAGUUUAUUGGGGAAUGUGCCAGACAAAUACUAUCAGGACAGGUACAUGCUGUCAUUUCCUAGCAUUUUAUCCAGCUUCUAAUACAUGGGAGCAAGUUACAGAGGCAGCAACUGUGGUUGCCUAAUUCUGUUAUACAGCUUAGAUCCCCUCUGCAUUCAGAUGAAUGUUGAACUGUAAAUCGUGAGUGCCUCUGAUUUACAAGAAUGUUUAUUGCAUAGUGUAAAAUCUAUUUUAUAAAUAAUGGUGAUCAUUGAAAAGGGAAACUAACUGAAGCAAUAUUUGUGUUAACUGUAAACAGGCAUUACUAAAUCCUCUAGCUAUAUUACUAAAUCCUCUAGCUAUAUGGUCAGCGGUUUCCCAAUGCUCUUCAGUCUGUCUUAUGCUGAUUAUUUUGGCAUUGUCUGAAUAAAAAAAAGAGAAUAAUAGUUGCACACUGCUCAACUUAACAUAGAAUGUAAAGGACUGUGGGACACAAUCAAAAUACUGUCCUUUAGUACAAACAUCGUUUCUGCAAGGGAUAGUUUGUAAUAUUAAAAAGAGUGAGAGCAAGAUUCCCUGGUAAGUGAGGACUCAAUCACUUUGGAAGACAUGUAAUGCAAAUGCAGCUUGCAAGUCUGAUACCUCAUUGGCCUCUUUUCCUGUCCACUUUGUGUACCUGGUGUAAUGGAUGUGUUUUUCUGUUGGCCAUCUUAAUUCCUCCAUAAGACUUCUUCUAGGUCAUCACUUACUGAAAAUAGACAUCAAGAUGUUGAUAUCAAACACAUGUUAAUUCUCCCAGAAGUUGUAUAGCCUUGGUCGUUCAAUGACCGGUACUUGUAUGCUACAUUGGUUUGAAGUGCAAUAGAAAGCUGGAAGGUCAGUAAGUGUUUUUUAAUAUUACUUUUUCUAUUACUACAACAAAUACGCCUUUCCAUGAAGGAUAUGAGAGGCCUACCAUCUGAAACAUUUGCACUAUGCUUUUAAAUGGUUUAUUAAACAGAGACAACUGUUUCCUCAGUAUAAAUUUUCAGGUGAUACUGUAACUGGCUUUGUGAUUUAAGUUUUCAUUGCAACUAGGUUUCUCUUUCCUUUUAAACCAAGUCUACAAGUGUGGCUCAUUUGUCUGGUUAAAAAUGCAUUCUUAGCUACUACGUAUCUUUGCAGCCAGGACAUCCUGUUCUUCUCUUCUCAAUAAGAUGUUGAAUGUAACAGAGAAAAUGAGCAUAGUUGUGGGAAAAAGGCCUGCUGCAACAACACUUGUGCACUGUUUGUUACUUGCAAAUGUAAUUAUUUUGUUCUGUGAUUUGAUCUUUCUGUUCUUAGAAGAUGUAUAUAUUUUCUAAAUGAUUUCUUUGUGUAUAUAAGGUAUGUUCUUUAAUGAAGAAAAGCAAUGCAAUAAGGAGCUUUGCACAGUUUGUUUUCAAACAAAAUACAUUUGAAAAAAAAAUCACCUGCCUAAAGAUGCAAUUGUUUCGACUUCUCAGUAACUUGAUUUGAAGGUAAUGUGUGAAUUUUGAUAAAAACGGAGAUAAGUAGUAAGGGCAUAGAAUUACUUGCCACUGAGCUUUUUAAGUUUCUUGCAGCAUACCAAAUCUCUUAAUUAGCUAUUAAGGAAGAUUUCUGUAAUAAAUUCAGGGAUUACAUAAAAAAUUUUGACAAUUUUAUCGUUCAGGUGCUUGAGAGUAUCUGUAACAACAUGCAUGAGAUUUUCUUUCAUUGAGCAAAUGUGUCCCAUCAAGCAAACUUCCUUUUCUUCAUGGGUUUAAGGAAAAAUAGAAAUGCUGCAAUACAUCAGAAGUCUACCACUACCACUCUAUAUGCAGCAGAUUAGAGAAACCAGAACACUUCAACCAGGUUUGGAAUUCUAUAUGACCUGCACUUUAUAAUAAAGCCGUUUUGCAACUUCAGUCAGCAAUCAGUCAUUAACGUUUUUUCAUUUAGUAAAGAAUUUCAUUUGGGGAAAAAAGGUACCUUGUAACAGCUUAUUUUUGACUGUUUUAAAAACUAGAGUGACAUGUAGAGAUACAUCCCCUGUACAUCAUGUUUAAAUUGGUUUUAUGCAGUUAGCAAGUUUGUUUUGUUUAGAUAUGUGUAUCGAACUGGAACUUUUUUCAAAUGUAAAUAUAUGGUUUUGUUAAAUAAAGUCGUGUAAAGUUAUCUUAA